UCGCUUUGCACGCUGGGAGUCUCCAGUCACUUUUCUCAGUCAUGGCGGCCCGUGUCCUGCAGCAGUGUGUCCGCACGCUCGCCCGGCCCUCGCUGAGGCUUGCCUCUGGUAACCUGGCCGCUGUCGCCCCGGCAUCAGCUAUACACCGACCUCUCUCUUUCGCCGCAGACAGUCGGAGGACGCGGUGGCUUGUACAGAGCCGGAUCCCCUCAGUGGGCGUUUUGUGCAGACAGUAUGGGGACCUGCCCCCCCUCACUCUAGAAACCAUCAAAGACCGUGUCAUGUACGUCCUCAAGCUCUACGACAAGAUCAACCCUGAGAAGCUGCAGACAUCCUCCCACUUCAUGAAAGACCUGGGUCUGGACAGUUUGGACCAAGUGGAGAUUAUCAUGGCCAUGGAGGAUGAGUUCGGAUUUGAGAUCCCUGACGCAGAAGCAGAGAAGUUGAUGAGUCCUGAGGAGAUUGUACAAUACAUCGCAGACAAGAAGGACGUUUAUGAAUAAUCUGUUCUGUAGUUCACUGCAGAGGAAGUACACUUCCCACUUCCUCCCCGUCAGCGCUGUCCUUUACGGCACUGUCGACGUCAGCUGCCGUGUCUCGUGUUUGACUGUAUUUAAAUGAACAUGUACAUGUUUCGGAGCUUGGAGAUAAACAAAAUAUUAAAAAUGUUAUAUCGGUUUUGAUUUUCUUCUUCUUCCAGCUCCACAAUGUGGUUCCGAUGUAUAAUUUCUCAUGAAUAGAUCAAUAAAUACACAUGCUGUAUAGUU